CCUCAGGCAACCCCUCAACAGUAAUUACACAAUUCCUUUGUUUCACGCAGCUACGAAUGCUGUGGCUCGUUCUUGAUAAUUAUUCCAUCUACCUUGACAACGACCUUCUCUUGAAAGUCAUGUCAAGUUGGCCGCACAUGCACGGCCUGAGGUUAAAGGACGAUGAACCCCAUCUACCUACUGUUACAUUCCGCGGAUUUUUCGCAGCGCUCUGUCAAUGUCCCCACUUGUGUCCCCUGACAUUACCAAUUGACGCUGUGAAUAUCAAUAUCGAUCCUAAAGCCGAAUCAUUUCAACAUAACUCCCUUCAAGUUUUGGACGUGGGCCACUCUGACGUAGCGGAUGCUGAAGCCGUCGCUUGCAUCAUUUCUCGAUGUUGCCUGGUGUCGAUGGCGGCCAAGUUCGAUACUAUGGAAUGGGCCUCGGGCAUGAGACGUCACGGUGGCACGAGGUCAACCGGCUCCUCAUAUAUUUUAAGUCUUCUGCGGUUCUUAGCUGUAGGAGUAACUCCUACGACCUGAAUUUGGGAUAUAUAUAAUCAUGUGGGGCCAUUUUCCUGGAGUUGCCACCAUACUUUUGUGUCCUGUCUGACGCCGUUGUCUUUUCUACUCCCCUCGGACAUUGAAUCACUGUAUGAUAUAGUUUCGUCACGUAGUAUGUAUGUCCGGUGUUUGCAUGUAAAAGACGAACGUAUUUAGAGGGGCUAUACCACACGAGCCCCAUCAGUAGCAGCAUGAGCCAGGCCGGUCUCGAGCCUACCAUGAUAGCAUACGUUUGAUAUUAACACUCGCUGA